CUAGGACGGGGGUUCCUAGAACCCGGACAAAUUUCAAAAGGUGGAUACACCCUGCACGGUAUGUGGGGAGAGUGUCGAAAUGCCAGAGCAUGUCAUUGGGCUCGGCCACUGACCAGUGGGCUCGGCCACCCAAGGACAUCGCGCGUGGAGGCUGACUUCCUCAGGGAUUUGGGAGUCAAGGAGAACGGUGAAACAAACCGUCUUCAGGAGGUAGAAAUCAGUAAAAGAAGGUUAGAGGAAUGGCAACGAAAAUCAAGGGAUGGAUAGCUUAAAGUAGCUUAAUUGGACGUAGUUAAGAUUCAAUGUUGAACUCAAAACACUACUUGGCUAGGUGGCGCAAGUCGCCGCCCGAUUCAAAGAGAAGAGUAACCAUUUAUUUAUCCAUCCAUCUAUCCGUCAAGUUGUGUUCGAUUAUACAACACGGAACACGGAGUUGACGGAGUUUUCUACGAUUCUACGACGACAGCGCGACUCAAAGGCUGGUUAAUCGUGUAAACGAGUGCAACCUGAGCAUGCACACAAGCUCAAAUCUCUGGAAAUGUGGGAAGCGCGUGAAUGUAGCUCGUUGAAGGUUUGAAACAAAUGUUUCGUUGUUGUACAGCGGGCGGUUAUCCGAGCCAGCAGCUUUGAUUGAACAAUGUUAAGACCAGUCUUCGAGAAGCCAGGGGGGAAAAAGGAGUUUUUGAACGAAGAAUGGAUUGUCGAAGACUCUCUACGCACCCCGGAGCACACCAACGUGGUGUACAAUCCCAAUGUAUCGCUUUCUAUUCGCCAGCAACGGGAAAGGCUGCCCGUUUUCAAGAGCCGCACCGACAUCCUCUACCUUCUGGAGAAACACCAGGUGUUAAUCGUUACCGGAGAGACGGGCAGCGGCAAGAGCACUCAGAUUCCUCAGUACCUCAUGGAAGCGGGAUGGGCACAGAGAGGCCAGAUGAUUGGAAUUACGCAGCCACGCAGAGUUGCUGCCAUAUCGCUGGCAAAGCGAGUGGCAGAAGAGAAAGGAUGCUUGGCUGGUCAGGAGGUUGGCUACUGCGUUCGUUUCGACGACUGCUUUGACAAGCAAGACACAAAAAUCAAGUUCAUGACAGAAGGAAUCCUCGUCAAUGAAAUCAUGGCCAACCCACUCCUGCCGUCAUACUCUGUCAUAAUGCUGGAUGAGGCCCACGAACGAAGUCUUCUGACAGACAUGUGCCUGGGCCUGAUGAAGAAAAUUCUUCGUAAAAGACCCGAUCUCCGGCUCCUGGUAUCGUCUGCAACGCUCGAAGCAGAGGCCCUUCAGAAUUUCUUCCAAGACGAGGUUGAGAACAAGAGCAUCUCAGCUGAAAUCCUCAGCAUUCAGGGAAGAGUAUAUCCUGUUGAAGUCUACUACCUCAACGAUCCUGUUGCAAACUAUGUCAAGGCAUCUGUCGAAACGGUCAUGAAAAUCCACGAAAGCCAGCGCAUGGGUCAUGUACUCGUUUUUUUAACUGGACAGGAUGAAGUGGAAGAGGCUACCAACCUCCUGAAGGACUACUCGAGAAACACAAAGAACACACCUGGUGUUCCAAGUAUGUAUGUAUUGCCACUGUAUGGAUCACUACCUCAAUCUGAACAGAUGAAAGUCUUCGAGCCGUUCAGCCCCAAGGUCCGAAAAGUUGUGGUCGCCACAAAUAUUGCCGAAGCGUCGGUGACUAUUAAUGGAAUUGUCUAUGUGGUGGACAGUGGCUUUGUGAAGUUGAAUUUCUUCAAUCCAAAGACAAGCACAGAUGCCUUAGUUGUGGUCCCGGCAUCCCAGUCUUCAGCGGAGCAGAGAGCAGGCCGUGCAGGCAGAGUAUCUUCGGGCAAAGUGUACAGGCUGUACAGGGAGGAGGACUUCAAAUGUCUCCCAGUGCACACCGUUCCUGAAAUUCAGCGCAGCAACUUGGCAACUUUCAUUUUACAACUGAAAUCCCUAGGAGUGGAUAACAUUGCUCAUUUUAGCUUUCCUGCUGCACCCCCAUCCAACAUUGUCAUCAAUGCACUGGAAUUGGAUUAUGCUCUUGGAGCGCUUGACAGCAGUGGCAACCUCACCGAGCUUGGAAUGAAGAUGGUUACAUUUCCUGUUUCUACAAUGCAGGCCAAGAUGCUGCUUGCAUCAGGCGAAUUUGGGUGCUCCCAAGAAGCACUGACAAUUGUCGCAAUGCUACAGAUUGAAUCUAUUUUCCUGCAGCCAUCUCAUAGGAGAGCAGAAGCGAGAAAAGCAAAGUACAAGUUUUCUGUGCUCGAAGGGGACCUGCUGACCCUAUUAAAUGUCUACAAUGCUUUCAUCCAGAAAGGGAAAGACAAGCAGUGGUGUGGCCAGAUGUACCUCAACUACAAGGGACUAAUGAGGGCCACAGAAAUUCGGAAGCAGCUUCACAAGCUCCUUCAGAAGUGCAAAGUGCCGAUCGUCUCUUGCGAAGGAGACACCGAUGCAGUGUGCAGGUGUAUCGUAGCAGGGUACUUUGCCAACGCUGCAUACCUCCACUACUCGGGAGAGUACCGGACAGUUUGUGGUGACCACACGCUUGCCAUUCACCCAACGUCUGUGCUAUACACCCAAAAGCAGCCCAAGUGGGUCGUGUUUGGCGAGUUGGUGCACACAAGUCGAGAAUUCAUGCGGAACCUCACUGUUGUCGAGUCGUCUUGGCUCUAUGAGCUCGCCCCAGACUUCUACCACUACGGCGUUGACACAGAUGCUGCAAGAGGAACUGUGUUAUGAGAGUGACCACUUUCUGCACGACUGGACAUCCCGACACUAUGAACAAUGAACUUUAUUAUUAUUUUAUUUUUUUCCAGCCACACAUGUGCAUAAUUUUGUGAAACAAGAUGACAUAUACACUC